GAGGCUGAGUCUCUGCAGGUGUCACCGCGCGUCUCGUCUCUUCCUCCGUUUACUGAAAAUCUUCACCCGUGAAUUCACCUGUGAUGGAAGCGAGAGCAGACGGAGGAGGCGGAGGAGGAGGGGGUUACCACCGGGCAGCCAAGCGGCUCCGAACUGAGGAGGAGGCCGGCGCAGAGGAGCUGGAGGACGGGGAGGAGGAGGAGCAGGACUCCGCCGGUGAGGAGGCAGCGGGGAGCGGGGGCACCGAGAGCAGGAGCCGGAGGAGCGGAGGGAAGGACGGCGUGGAGGACAGUCAUCGCAUCCCCCCGUCCCCAGUUGUCCACGUCCGAGGGCUCUGCGACGCCGUGGUGGAGGCUGAUCUGGUGGAGGCACUCGACAAGUUUGGCAACAUCUGCUACGUGAUGAUGAUGCCCUUUAAGCGUCAGGCGCUGGUGGAGUUCGACAGCGUGGAGAGCGCUGAGCGCUGCGUGUCGUGCGGAACCCGUGAGGUCGUCCACAUCGCCGAGCAGCAGGCCUUCUUCAACUUCUCCACCAGCCAGAGGAUCACCAGACCCACCAACGCAGACGACCCCAGCAGCGGAAACAAGGUCCUGCUGCUGUCCAUCCAGAACCCACUGUACCCCAUCACCACCGAUGUGUUGUACAGCGUCUGUAACCCUGUUGCUAACGUCCUGCGCAUCGUCAUCUUCAAACGCAACGGCAUCCAGGCCAUGGUGGAAUUUGAGUCAGUGGAGGACGCUCAGAAGGCCAAACUGGCUCUGAACGGAGCCGACAUCUACGCUGGCUGCUGCACGCUCAAGAUCGAAUACGCUCGGCCCAACAGACUGAACGUCGUCCGCAAUGACAACAGCAGCUGGGAUUACACCAAACCUUUCCUCCUGCACCGAGAGCGGGGGAAGGGGAGGCAGCGUCAGGCCAUCCUGGGAGAGCAUCCAUCCAAUGGCUACGGCCCACACUGCCCCCUGCUGCCUCUGCCUGCUAACAGCAGGUACAGGAGAAGCACAGAGGAGGUUCAGGACAUGAUCUCCUACCCGCUGCUCCUCCCUAAGACCGCCUCUUCCUCCUCCUCCUGCUCCUCCUCCUUCCUGGGUCAUGCUGCCUCUAGCUCUGUCGCCAUGGUGAGCGGCCUCCACCCUGCCAAGAUGAACUGCAGCCGCAUCUUCAACCUCUUCUGUCUCUAUGGCAACGUGGAGAAGGUGAAGUUCAUGAAGAGCGUUCCCGGCACGGCACUGGUGGAGAUGGGCGAUGAGUAUGCUGUGGACCGAGCCGUGUCUCACCUCAACAACAUCAAGGUGUUCGGCAAAAAGCUCAAUGUCUGCGUGUCCAAGCAGCAGGCGGUGAUUCCCAGUCAGGUGUUUGAGCUGGCCGACGGCAGCAGCAGCUACCAAGACUUCAGUCUGACCAGAAACAACCGCUUCAGCAGCGCACACAGCGGCAGGAAUAUCAUCCAGCCGCCCGCCACUGUCCUGCACUUCUACAACGCCCCGCCCACACUCAGCCAACACCAGCUGCACAAGCUUUGUACUGAACACAACGUUCCCACCUUCACCAAGUUCAAGGUCUUUGAUGCCAAACCCACCUCAAAGACUCUGUCAGGUCUGUUGGAGUUUGACAGUAGAACUGAAGCUGUGGAAGCUCUGAUCGUCCUCAACCACCAUCAGAUCAGAAUACCCAACAGCUCCAACCCCUUCACCCUGAAACUCUGUUUCUCCACCUCCUCCCAUCUGUGACCCACAAACAAGAUGGCUGCCACAGUAUCUUCCUCCUCCAGGACGAAGCAGAGAGGAAAUACGUUCGUUACAAAAAGAGAAAACAGUGAAGAGAAGAUUGAAGUUUUUCUGAUGGAGUCGUGACGAGGCAGUCUGAAGACGAAAAGCACCUUAAUGACUUCACUGGUGACAGUUUGAUGAGCAAUGAGCCUGAAUGAUGUCAGUGGCCUGAGAGGAAACUUCUCCUCUUCCCUCCAUGAGAACACGAGCCUUCUUCCAACUGAAUUCAUAUCCUAAUGAUAUCUACAAAGAUGGAACUGUAAUUAUAAAAACCACCAGUAACGAUCAAGCAGAGUUUCUGAGGGUGAAAUAUUCGUUGUUGUAACAAAACUCAGGGAGGAAUCACUAAAAACUGUGAAGCAGUCAGAAAUCAGCCAGAUAGAGAGAGAGACAAGUAGACUAAAAUAUUUUUUAUUGUUUUAAAAUGCAAUUUUAUUUUAUUUGUUUGGUUUGGCAUGGUUUUGGUUUUACAUUGUAUUUUGUUUUUUUUUACAAUUAGUCAAGUGUAGAUGAUCCUGAACAGGGAAGGACACCAACAGUAUCAUCAAUGAAAAACUACUGAGGAUCAUUGCACAAUAUCAAACUUAAGACAUGAAACAACCAGCUUUAUGGGCCAUCUCAUAGUUUCCUAACUCUGUGUGUCUCUUCUAACAGUAAAGUAGCUUUAAACAGUUUCCACCUACAUCCAAAACUGAGACCUAAGGCUAAAACCAGGCGACGGCUACAGACAACAUCUCUGUAGAAUCCCUCAACAACAGGUGCAUGGAAGACAGUCUCAGCUGCCGCUCACAACAAAACCGGUUCCACAGUGAGUGUUUUUUUUUGUCUGAUUUAUAGAUUGAUUUUAAAUUUUACUUUUAGUUAAAAGAGAAGUCAAAGGGACAGAAGGCAAAAAAGACAUUUGUUCAGCUCGUGUAUCUUUCAGCUGUUUGAAACAAGCGUUUGUGUUUACAGCUGUACAUCUCCUGAAUUACUUUUCUAAGGAGAGCAGGCUAAGUGUUGGUUUAUUGAAGCAAUGAUCACAAAUAUUAACAGAGUUCACUGUUUUCUUUAGUCAGUCUGUACGUGAAUGGACAUAAAAGCACAACAUUAUCAAAGGCCAGAUUUUGAGCCAUGUUUACAGAAUAUUUCCGUUUUGAGGAUUAAAUCCUUUUUUUUGUUCUUGUUGUUUAAACUGUUACAUUUUCAGCAGCAAUACCUUUGUGUGGUUCUUUAGCUUUUUGUAGUUACACAGUGUGUUUGAUUCUGAAACUGAGAGAACGAUAGUCCACUGAGUGUCACUGCAUCAUAGUCAGCAGGUAUCUGUAAAUGAAAAACCACAUUUGGCUGCAGCACAAACACACUGUAAACACAACACUGACAUUUCAUUACCCUUUCAAUAUAUAUCCUGAGCUUGGUAGCAGUUUCCUACUGUUACUUACUUCCACAACCGCUGCACACAAACAACACUCCACUGGGAUGAUCAUGUUGCUCUGUGACUACUGAAUGUUGAAGUAGGCAGUUAGUUGAUGACAUGUCAGGCACGACAUGGUAAGGCAAUAGUGUGUCAGAUGUCGGCUUGUUCUGCUGCCAAGUGCAAAAAAAUCAAGAAAAAAAAAUCAACAAAUGCAGCUUUAAAUCAACCUGCAGGUCUUUGCCAUGAAAUCAGUGCAU